AUGCUCAUAGUCAGCAUUGCUGCCUUUUCAGGAUGGCGCAGCAUGUUCCCUAAGUUCAUGUGGACUAUCGUGUUUUGCCCUCUGGGCAUGGGAGGCGCCAUGGGAGGCCUCAUCAACGCCUUCAUUGUCGAUCGCAUCUACGGGAGGCGAGCAGUCCAUUUCGUCGCAAUCCUGAGCGUCCUGGUUCUAGGGGCGUGUAACAACCUAUGUUAUAACUUGGAUCUCGUGUUCGGAUGGUUUGGUGCCCAGGACCAUUUCUGGUGGUGGCACUGGCGGUAUCUGGGGGUUUGGUUUGUUGGGUACUUCAACGGCAGGAUGAUGUUCACGGAUGAAGGACAAAAGUCACUUGCUGAUUUGGGUGUUUAA